AUGAAAUUAUUCGUCGCGUUAUUUGCCGUUAUUGCGGCCGUUGCUGCCGUUGACGUACCCAGCAAUGACUACUUGCCACCAACCGAAGCGGUCGCAUUUGAGCAAGUUGCCGUAGAGCCCCAGGAAGCCGCCGUCCUUGCUGAUGAUGGGUACCGUUACAAAACCGUCCGCCGCUUGAAGUACCGUCACCGUCGUGAUGUCAACGAACUCCCAUCCAACGAAUACUUGCCCCCAGUUGCUGUUGCCAGCGCACCCGUCGCUGUUGUUGAACCACAAAUUGUCGAUGUCCCACAAGAGUCCGCCGUCUUGGCUGAUGAUGGCUACCGUUACAAAACCGUCCGUCGUCGUAAAUACCGUCACCGUCGUGAUGUUAGUGAACUGCCUUCCAACGAAUACUUGCCACCAGUAGCUGUUGCCCAGGAACAAGUUGUUUAUGAAGCUCCACAAGAAUCCGCAGUCUUGGCUGAUGAUGGUUAUCGUUACAAGACCGUACGUCGCUUGAAAUAUCGUCAUCGUCGUGAUGUUAGCGAACUGCCUUCCAAUGAGUACUUGCCUCCAGCUGCUAGUGCUCCUGUAGCUGUUGCUGAGCAACAAGUCUUUGUUGAGCCACAAGAAUCCGCCGCCUUAGCUGAUGAUGGUUACCGUUACAAGACCAUCCGUCGUCGUAAGUACCGUCACCGUCGUGAUGUUAGCGAAUUGCCUUCCAACGAAUACUUGCCCCCGGUUGCUGCAGCCCAAGAACCAGUUGUUUUUGAAGCUCCACAAGAAUCCGCCGUUUUGUCUGAUGAUGGUUACCGUUACAAGACCGUCCGCCGCUUGAAAUACCGUCACCGUCGCGAUGUCAACGAACUCCCAUCCAACGAAUACUUGCCCCCAGUUGCCAGCGCACCCGUCGCUGUUGUUGAACCACAAAUUGUUGAUAUCCCACAAGAGUCCGCCGUCUUGGCUGAUGAUGGCUACCGUUACAAGACCGUCCGUCGUCGUAAAUACCGUCACCGUCGUGAUGUUAGCGAAUUGCCUUCCAACGAAUACUUGCCUCCAGUUGCCAGCGCUCCCUUAGCUGUUGCCGAAGCACAAGUUUUUGUUGCGCCACAAGAAUCCGCCGUUUUGGCUGAUGAUGGUUACCGUUACAAAACCGUCCGUCGCUUGAAAUACCGUCACCGUCGCGAUGUUAGCGAAUUGCCUUCCAACGAAUACUUGCCUCCAGCUGCCAGCGCUCCCGUAGCCAUUGCUGAGCAACAAGUCUUUGUUGAGCCACAAGAAUCUGCUGUUUUGGCUGAUGAUGGUUACCGUUACAAGACACAGCGUCGCCUGAAAUACCGUAAACGUCGCGUUUAA